ACCCAUACAACUACUACACGGCUUUCCAAUGGUUGUUCAGGUGAAUCAGAGAACGCGAAGCAACAGCAAGAUGAUGGAUGGACAUCACGGGCACCAACAAAGAAUAGAAGCAAAUAUAUUGUUGCUGGGAGCCGAAAACGUUGGGAAGUCUGCACUAACAGUGAGAUUUCUCACAAGAAGAUUCAUCGGAGAAUAUAGUGACAUCGAUUCCAUAUACAGCCACAGUGAUAAAAUUGACGGUCGUGAUAUCAGCUUCAACAUCUGGGAUUCAUCUAACACGCAGAAUGGAGACCACAGUCUCAUCACAGACAGACAGCUACAGUGGGCGGACGGCUUCAUCCUCGUCUACAGCAUCUGCGACCCCAACAGCUUCAACGUGGUGCGGCAACAAGUGCAGCAAAUCCGGCAGGCCAAGAGCAAACUGUCGGCGGCCACGGUGCCCAUCAUCAUCGUUGGCAACAAACGGGACCUCCAGCACCGACGCACAGUGUCCAGCGAGGAAGGUCGUCUGCUCGCUCUUUCCGCGGACUGUGGCUUCUUCGAGAUUUCGGCGGCGGAGACGUAUCACGGGGUGCUGCUGGUGUUCCACGAACUGCUGGACUUGGUACGGGAGGCGAGAGCCAUGAAAAAGGGCACGGACAAGGGGAUCCGGGGCAUUGUCAGGAGCAUGUCCGCGGUAUUCGGACGCAAGAGGACAGAGUGAGACUUUUACUGUCUGUGUUGUUGUGGGAGAGACACUUCCAAUCUCAGACAGCCGUGAGACAUGAACCACGGCGUUUUGUGGUGUCUUGGACGGCGAGAUCACCUACUAAGGACGAUGAUGUCUGAACCGAAAUGGCUCCCUGGCGAGACGGGGCAGACGUAUCGUGAAGCAGCCUUGGACACUGUGCCAAAACAGCCUCAUCAUCAGAUUGUUGUAGACAAGGUGAAAACCCCCGCUGUUAAACCAGUCUGGCGAGUACGGGGGUUUGCAGGAUUGUUAUUAGACAUCUUGCAUACAGUGGGGUCAAGAUGUAAGCAGGCCAACAGAACCUCAACUGAAACUGCUGCCCACAGACAGUCCUGCUGUGUUGUGUGCCAGAAAGUAUCACCAACGUGUCCAAGGACCAUGCCCAACGACCGUGCGUAAAAUAGCGGCUUUACGCAACACUUUUACGCACCUGGAAAAAAAAAGACUGGCGCAGUUCCCCUGUACCCAUCACUCAGGAUCCACCGUCACUACUGUUGCCCAGUUUUAGCCUCAACGAUAGCCUAAAUGUUCAUUUCCAUUAUGUAAACAUGGGCAAAUUCAGUGAACGUGAAUGUCCAGUAUGGUUAUGCACAGAUAGCCUAUUGGGCGUGCUUGGGUGGUUAAAGCUUAAUGAGUAAAUGAGUGGGUGGUAGGCCAAUUGCACCCUCUUC